ACCCGCCUCUACUUCAACAACAAAUGGACCACUUUAACAGGAAGCGAGAAAAGAAGAGUCGAGAUUGGAGAAAACAGUAAAAAGGAGCAGCUUCAUCGCCAAGUUUUUCCUUCUUUGCCACCAGUUGUUUGGCCCCGCAGCGGGGCAGGAUAGUCAGGGCAGGCCUGGGCUUGCUCUGGCUAAAGGAGACCGUAUGAUGUGGAUCUGGUACCUUCUACUUGGUUCGGGGUCAGGCUCAAGAACUGUGGAGAGUCAGCUGCUUCCAGGGAAUAACUUCACAACAGAGUGCAACAUCCCUGGAAACUUCAUGUGUGGAGAUGGGAAGUGUGUCCCAGGCGGGUGGCAGUGCGAUGGACUCCCUGAUUGCUUUGAUAAGAGUGACGAGAAAGGAUGUCCUAAGGUCAAGUCAAAGUGUGCUCCCACGUUCUUUGCCUGUGCUAAUGGCUUUCACUGCAUCAUCGGACGAUUCCGCUGCAACGGCUUUAGCGACUGUCCUGACGGGAGUGACGAGGAAAACUGCACAGGCAACCCGCUGGUGUGCUCAGAGUCUCGCUUCAAGUGUCGAAAUGGUCACUGUGUGGACCGCAGCUUCUUGUGUAACGGCCAGGACAACUGCCAGGAUAACAGUGAUGAGGAGCUGUGCCUGACUACAGCAGAGUCGCCCAGCCAGAACUUUGUGACCCUCGACUACAGUCUGCGCUACUACCCCAGCAUCACCUACGCAGUCAUUGGCAGCGCUGUCAUUUUUGUCUUGGUGGUAGUGUUGCUUGCCCUGGCGCUCCAUCACCAGAGGAAGCGUAGUGUCCUGUUACCCAGAGGUGUCAGGGAGGGCUCACACCAUCACCACCACCAUCACCAGCCUUUGCUACUAUCCCGUCUUCUGAUCUUGGAUCGAGGACACAUGCACCACAAUGGUCCUGUUGGAUCUCCCACCUCAUCCACUGUGACAGGCCAGUACAGCUCAGCCACUCAGGCACUGCAUCUGCUGUCAGGAACUCUAUUUCCCACCGGAUCCUCCAUGGACUCACCCCCCUCGUACUCACAAGCUGUUCUGGAUGCCAGUCGACCUCCCUGGUUUGAUCUCCCUCCUCCCCCAUACCUCCCAGAGAGAGACGUUCCAUCAGUAGAUGAGCUGCCUCAGUACCAGGAGCCUUUGAACCAGCAUUCAACACAUCCCACUGUGACCUCCACACAACGAACUGCGGCCUCAGGCACACAACUGACUCGAUGCUCCACUGACGAGUCAGAGCAGCACUAGUCCAGCUUUUUGGAAAAAAAUAAUAACAGUGAAACUGGAAACGGCAGGACUGAAGGAUGCUGGGUAACCAGAGGCCAAGACAGUUCACAGUCCAAAGCAGAUGAGGACAUUCGUCCAAGACAGACUAUGAGUCAUCCUUGACCUACUUUUUUAUAUCGCCUCUCUAAGGUAUUGGACAAAGAGAACCUUUUUCAGAAACACUGAGCUUUUACACUACUACGCUGGCUCCCCCUGUCGGCUUAAAGGAUGUACUGCAGCAAGACAACACUUCCAAUAAGUGUGCGUUUCCAAAGAAGGACAAACUGCCUUUUACAUAUAAUAUAUAAAUAUAAUGAUAUAAUCAUAAAGUGUGGCUUGAAUUGGUAGCACAUUAAAUGAACUGUUAAAUGCCAGUUGGAGUGAUGUUAGGUUUUUAGAUCUCUACGGCAGCAUUUGGAGAAUUGUUUUGAAACUGGUAUGACUUUUUGUCAUUUCUCUCCUAUAACAUUGCAUUUGACAUAUGUCAUAAAGGCUCACUGAACACAUUUUUAAAAAACAAUCAUCAAUGUGUUAAACAAAGUAAAUUGACUUCCUGGCCUGCUAAUGAUAUUUAGUGUUAGGUUUUCAUUUUACUAUACAUUUAAACUACAAAUGUAAAUAUAAAAGCAAGUCCCUGUGCUUCAACCUAUCUAAAAACAAGCUUACAGUCAGUAGACAAUAGCAGAUAACAAACAUGAGCAGAAAUUCUAAUUUAGGGAAAAAAAUGUCUCUGAGGUCACCAGAAAUUUGUGAUGUCCAAAAAUGGGGUCACAAGCCAAAAAAGAUUGGGAACCACUGGUUAAGUCGUUUGUGCCUUCAAUUAUUAUCCCUAUAUUUCAAGAGAAGAGUUCUAAUUUAAAAGAACAUUUCAAUUCUAGUGUGAAUAAAUAUUUAUGUAUGGCAUCAGGAAGACUAGACUGACUAAAGAGUUCAACAGACUGGUGGAUCUGUGUUCAUGUCAAAGUUGUCAUUGUCACAUUGUACAUAUGUACAGGACAAACACAUGUAAUAAAAUAGAAGUAGAAAAUGAUUUUGAAGCUUAAAGUGUUAACUAGAGUUCACUUGUUUCAUCUUACAUUGUUUUAGAGGCAGGCUGUGAAAAUACAGACAAUGUUCAACCAAUGCUAUCAUUACUCAGCUUCUUGUACACCAGGCAGGUAAGUUUUUUUUUCUUUUCUUUUUUUUUUUUUUUUUCUUUUUGCUUUACUUUAGAAAAGUUCUCAGGAGGAAAAAACACAUUGUGGUCUAUAGUCAAAGUAUGGUUGGACUUACAUUUCAUUCAUCUUUUCAGAUUUGUUCAUAGACAUAUUGUCAUAUUUUUUAAUGUUGCACCUUCAUGAUCUGUCAUUUUUGUCUUUUUUGUUUGUUUGUUGUUUUGUAAGUUAUAUUAAGUGCUGUCCGUCUGUCCAUGUCUCUUGCUGGUAAUGCUGUACAAUCAGAAUGUGCU